UUUUAAGAGGUUUUCAUCUAUGUUUUUAAAGAAGCAUUAAAGUAUUUAAGUAAUAUUUUCCACUAAAUGAUUUAUACUUUGAGGAUGACAUUCAUGUUUACAACCUAUAUCGUUUAAAUAAUGAUAUUUUUAGAAUCUCGCAUUACUUUCUACUUCCAGGUUAUGACACCUAUGCCGAUCACAAUAGUAUAAAAAUAAUGCUCCCAAUAUUUUUCUAUACUUUGUAGUUUAUAACCGUAUAUAUAUCUAUCUAAGAAAUGGAUGAUCCAUGUCCGUUGAAAGGAUCUCGUCCUCUAAAGAACAAGUUUCCCAUGACCCUAUAUUUUGCUUUCAAUUUACAAAGUAUCUCAUUCCAACACAACAUGUGGCAUCUAUUGCGGAUGAGAUUGACAAACCUUUAAUUUUUAUAAAUAAUGAGUUUUGACAAAAUUAUGAUUUCUUUAUUAAAUGAUGAAAAUGACAACAUGCUAAUGUGUUACAUUAGAGUAAUAGACCUACCUAUAUAAAACAAAACAAAAAAAAUAGCAUAACUUAUCACAACUUUAUUCAAUCUUCCCAUCAUAUAAAUCGUUUUCCAAACCCAAAAAACAGUAGAUAAAAAUUGCAAGAAACCCAAAAAAAGAAAAAAAAAAAACCCAGAAAAAAUGGAGGAAGAAGAUUUAAUACCCAGAAAUGAGAAAAAGACUUAUAAUCGAGUAUUAUCACAUGCACAAGAUGAAUUGCAAAGUUAUCGAAUUUAUCUACGUUGGAUGUGCGUGGACCAAUCAGAUUGGUUGAAUAGUAUCAUAUCAUGGUCUGUAUUUUUGAUAUUUGCAAUCAUAGUCCCUGCAUUUUCGUAUUUUUACCUCACAUGUCCUUCGUGUGAUGACAAGCAUAGACAACCAUACGACGCCGUUGUGCAGCUCUCAUUGUCAAGCAUUGCAACGCUGUCGUUUUUGUGUCUUUCUCAUUUUGUGAGGAAGUUUGGUGUCAGGAGGUUCUUGUUCUUUGAUAAGCUUUACAAUGACAGUGAUUCUGUUAGGCAUCAUUAUACUACCCAGCUCAAUAGAUCAUUGAACAUCCUGUGUAUAUUUGUUAUCCCAUGUUUUGUAGCUGAAUGCGCAUAUAAAGUCUGGUGGUAUGCUACUGGGGCCUCCCGAAUUCCCUUCCUGGGUAAUGUCAUCUUGAGUGAUGUUGUAGCCUGCUCAUUGGAGCUAAUCUCAUGGAUUUAUCGGACCUUAGUCUUUUUCCUGGUCUGUGUCCUCUUCCGUCUGAUAUGCUACCUCCAGAUAUUGCGGCUCAGGGAUUUUGCGUCUGUUUUUGAGGUAGAUUCAGAUGUAGCUUCUAUUCUAAUAGAGCACCUGAGGAUCAGGAGGCACUUGAGGAUCAUAAGCCAUCGUUACCGUGCAUUUAUUUUAUUUUCCUUAAUAUUGAUCACUCUGAGCCAGCUUACUUUCCUGGUGUUGACUACCAAACCUAAUGCUGAUAUGAGCAUAUACAGGGCCGGGGAACUAGCACUCUGUUCUGUGACUCUAUUGGCAGGGUUGAUGAUAAUACUGAGAAGUGCUACAAAGAUCACGCAUAAGGCACAGGCAAUCACCGCUCUAUCAGCCAAGUGGCAUGUCUGUGCAACGAUUGACUCCUUUGUCACUUCUGAGACUGAAUUGCCAGGAGCAAACCAUACUAAUGCAGGUCUCUUUGAUCCUAGGAGCUUAGAUUCAGAUGACGAUGAUGCAGGAUCUGAGGAAGAUGAUGUCGAUACUACCAAAUUUCUCCCGGCUUAUGCCUACAGCACGAUCUCAUUCCAGAAACGACAUGCUCUUGUAACAUAUUUUGAGAGAAACCGAGCUGGAAUUACAUUGUAUGGGUUUAUGCUGGAUAGAACUUGGCUCCAACUUAUUUUUGGUGUUGAAUUAUCCUUAGUACUCUUCUUGCUCAAAAAGACCAUUAAUUUUUGAUGAAGUAAUCAUAAUAUUUAGCAAUUUGGUUCCUAAGAUCAUAUCGAACCCCUGCUUAAUCUCCGUGAAGUUCUCCCUUUUUGUCAUUUGGAGUGAUGAGCCAGGAGUUGCAGCCUUGCAGGGCUGGAGAGAGAGAGAGAGAGAGAGAAAGAGAGAGAGAGUUUAAGGUGAUGUAAGACUUGUUUCGUAGUCUUGGUUCGGUCUUCCUACAAAGAGGCAUCAUUGCAGUAUAGUGAGCUUCACCAUUUUGUUCAGUAAUUUGUAAUGUUCUUCCUGUUGUGAAUUCUAAGAUCCUUUAUAUUUUUUAUAAUCUUGUAAUUAACAUCUCCACUUUCUGUGAUAUAUCAUAUAUGUUUUUUUUUGAUGUCUUAUGUGAUACUGUAAUCAGUGCAAUUGUAUAGCAGUAUGGGCGUGUGUAUUCCUGUAAUAUGGUCCGAUCCUGUGCUGUAUUCGUAUGACUGUAUGGUCCUGUGUUGUAAUCUUAUGGCCGCAUGGUCCUGUCUCCUGUGUUGUAAUCUUAUUACUGAGAAAAACAUAAUGGAGCGUUUGUUUC